CGGCGCCGGCAGUGCUGCCCCGGACCGCGCCACAGACGGACGACGCGACUCGCGGCUAUCGUAGCGCCCUCCGAAUUUCGAAACAGUCGAGUGUCAGUGAUAACUUUGAUACGGAUUCGCCAAUCGCGAGCGUCGACGCUCGUCUUGAUAAGAAGGUAGCUAGUCGAGUGCGGAAUCGAAAAUUUUCAGAGUGCAACACGGGAUUCUGUUUCUAUAAUUACAUUACCCUUGUGUAAGUGAGUGCGAUGAGGCCGAAGGACGAAACGGACGCGAAAGUCCAGACGGGGACUUUCAUCCUGUCCGAGAAGAUCGACGACACCAAGUCGAGGAAGAACGAGAAGGAUUUGAAGAAGGAGAUGAAGCGUUUGGAGAAGGAGAAGCAGGAGCGCGAAAAGCGCGAAAAGAAGGCUCGCGAAAAGGAAAAGGAACGUGAGAAACAAGCUAAGAAAGGCAAGGUGGUGUGCGGCGCGUGCGGCGGCAAGUGCAGCGGCGAGGUGCUGCGCGUGUCGGACAAGUACUUCCACACGGCCUGCUUCACCUGCCGCGCGUGCUCCGCCUCGCUCGCCAAGGGGGGCUUCUUCUGCAAGGACGGACACUACUACUGCCCGCAGGAUUAUCAGCGCGCGUUCGGCACGAGGUGUGCAGCGUGCGGACAGUACGUGGAAGGCGAGGUCGUGUCGGCGCUCGGCAACACCUACCAUCAGAAAUGCUUCACGUGUGCGAGAUGCAAACGCGCGUUCCCAUCGGGCGAGAAGGUGACGUACACGGGCGCGGAGGUGGUGUGUUCCUCGUGCGUGGCGGCGCCGCUGCAGCGGCAGACGGCGCGCGCGGCCGCCUCGCCCUCCCCCUCCCCCGCGCCCGCGCCCCCCACGCGCGCGCGCGCCGACACGGCGCCGCGCCAGCCGCGCCCCGCCUCCGCCGACCGCGUCGACCGCGCCGACCUGCGCGCCGACCCCGACCGCCUCCGAGACCAGAAUGAAUGUGCGGGCUGCGGCCAGGAGUUGUCUGAAGGACAGGCGUUGGUGGCGUUAGACAGACAAUGGCACACUUGGUGCUUCUCGUGCGGCGCGUGCGGCUGCGUGCUGCAGGGCGAGUACAUGGGCCGCGGCGGCACGCCGUACUGCGAGCGCGACUACCAGCGUUUGUUCGGCGUGCGCUGCGCGUACUGCAACCGGUACAUCGCGGGCAAGGUGCUGCAAGCGGGCGAGAACCACCACUUCCACCCGACGUGCGCGCGCUGCUCCAAGUGCGGCGACCCCUUCGGGGACGGCGAGGAGAUGUUCCUCCAGGGCGCAGCAAUUUGGCACCCUCGGUGCGGCCCCGCGCCUCGCGACCCCGCAGACCCCGACCACGACCCCGAACGGGCUUCUUCCGAGCUACAGUUCUCGCUGCGCUCGCGCACGCCCAGCGUCAACGGCUCCUACUGCAGCCCCUACAGUAGCCUGACCAGGAAGUACGGGUCCCGUGCAGUGUCGCCCGGACUGAUCCUCCGCGAGUACCGCGGCGCGGGCACGCUGUCGCCCGCCCGGAUCACCACCUACAGCUACCUGGCCGGCGAGCCCGGCUACCUGCGGCGGCCGCUGCAGCCCUACGACCGCGCGCCCGCCUCGCCGCACUUCCACCGCCCGCCGUCGAGUGCCAGCACACGAGCCAGCAGCCGCGCCGGCAGCAAGGCCUCCUCCCGGCCGGGGAUGAGGGUGCUGGUGGACUCCAUCCGCAGCGAGACCCCGCGGCCCAAGUCCCCUCACAUGAACAACGAGGAACCCAUCGAGUUGUCGCACUACCCCGCGGCAUUCAAGCCGCCGCCCGGCACGCAGCCUAAAAUAGAAAGAGACGAUUUCCCCGCUCCGCCCUAUCCUUACACCGACCCUGAGAGGAGACGCCGCUGGUCGGACACGUACAAGGGCGUUCCAGACAGCGACGAGGAGGAGGUCAAAGUGAACGGCGUGAACGGGCACGCGCCGGGCAAGAACGGCGCACAGGAGCCCCGCGACCCGCAGCUGCGCAGGGAACACCAGGAGCUCGCCAAAAUCGACUCCGGCAUCGCACAGGUUUUCUUGAAAGAAGUUAAAGAGCGGGAGAAGAUGCAACAGUGGAAGAGACAAAAUCUAGAUCCUCGUAAUGCGAGCAGGACGCCGAGCGCUAGCCGCGAGCCGCCGCUGCGCCUGCGCUACUCCUCGCCGGUCGGCGCGUCGCCCUCGCGCCGGCUCGACCACGCGCGCCCCGACGCCGAGCCCUACUACGCGCACUCCGACCACAACCACAUACCCAGCUACAACGUAAUGCACGCGGCGCCGCGGCCCGGCUACGGCCUGCGCUCCAACACGCUGCCCGCCACCAACGGACAUGGCGACUUCACAUUCAGCGGCAUGGGCGACAAGACGCAUAGCACGGACUUCUCCAGCGGCAAGUCAGACAUUUCUGCCGGAUCCAUUACUGACGUGGACAGAAGUGCUAUGUACACGCACCCGGGGCACACGCACACGGGCGUGUCGGCCGCGCGGGGAGGGGGGGGAGGGGGGGUGCGGCGCUCGCUGCCCAACAUGGCCACCGGCCACCUGCUGCACGAGCCCGCCAAGCUCUACCCCUACCACCUGCUGCUCAUCACCAACUACCGCCUGCCGCCCGACGUCGACCGCCUCAACCUAGAGAGGCACCUGUCGGACGUGGAGUUCGAGGCGUUCCUGCAGUGCGGGCGGCAGGAGUUCUACCGCCUGCCGCAGUGGCGCCGCAACGAGCUCAAGCGCCGCGCGCGCCUCUUCUGAACACACACCGCCGACGCGCUCCUAAACUGUUACAGCGUAAUGUUGCUCCACGAGCCGUCUGCUAACGGAUGAUCAUAACAACUAGUAUCCCGUUAAAAAAAAUGUUAUUUCAAAUUGUGACAUUAUCAUAACAAGUAGUAUAAUCCAUUCCUUUUAAAAAAAUGGUAUGUCAAAUUGUGCUGCAAUGAGCUCAAGCGACGCGCGAGGUUUAUCUGAACACCGCACCACCGACACGCUUUUAAAAUGUUACUCCACUCGCCGUGCUAAUUAACUGAUAAUAUAACAAGUAGUAUAAUUUAAAAAAAAAAUAGUAUUUAAAUUGUGCCGCAAUGAGCUCGAGCGACGCGUGAAGUGUUCUGACGCUUUGAUAUUAUCUCAGUACAAGAUCUUGCUUCGAGGUACUUAAAGUCUAUUUUUUUAUUCGGUAGACUAAUGACAUUUCAUACUAUGAAAAAAUAGACUUUAGAUCGUGCAAACGGACAUUACCUUCCCCGAGCACGAGAGCGGCAACAUCUCGCGAGCGUAAUAGACAACUCGUCUGUCUCUAAUUAAUUUACAGUUCGUAAUAUUAAUACAGUUAGAAAAACAUGGGUAUAACAUUAUUUUGAGACUGAUACUUAGGAUCACUCGGCAUGCGGCGAACGGAGCAAUGUUAUACAGCUAUUAUGCUGACACGUUCACAUUUGAUCGUAUACUUAAAGAAAAGGAAUAACUUACAACCGCGAAACAAAUCUAUAAUUAUAGGUAAAUUGUGUUCUUGGACGUGUAGCAUCUAUGUGUAUUGGCUUUACAAUGUCAAAAGACUUAGAGAAAAAAAAUGAUAUGUUAAGUCGUGUUUUCAAAAGUUAUAGCAUUUCUUUAAUGGCAACUUUAUUUUACAAGUGUUUCAAUGUAUGGUACAAUUCAGUAAAUCGAUAAUGCGAUCGAUUCUGCGAGCUGACUCGUAUUUUAUUAUAGGACGAUUGAUUUGAUAUUAUCUUUUAAUUCGAGAAUAAACUACAAUAUGCAAAUUAUCGCAUAAUUUUUCGACCGCGUCGUUUUUAACGCAAUAACGUCACUAUUAACGCGACGUCGGUCGAGCGUUUUAUUUAUUAAUUAUAAUAAUGAUAUUAUAAUAACUUCACAUAAUAAUAUAUUUGUUUAGUAUGUGUAAGCGUGUGUAUCAGCUCAUAGAGUUGGAUAGAGGCGCCCGGCGCGCCUUCAUUCUGGAUACUUCUAGAACUAUCUAGAACUUGAUAUAUUUAGGCUUUGAUUGUAUAAUAUAAUGUAACUUACAAGAGACAAAUAAAUAGGUAAUCAAGAAUUGUUAUCGUAUAUCACCUUGCGAAGUUAUGUUUUCACCGUAGGUGGCGUAACUUCAGCGAAUUCUCAGUUCCAUUAGCGAUAAGAUCUACGCUUUUAAUACAAUGCCAUCUACACCCACAUUAUAAUCGAAACUUUGUAUACAGAAUAUCAGUCUAUAUUAUUUAAUUGUCUCUGCUUACGACAUGAUUUUGGUCGAAAGUUCACUUAUUGUAAUGGCGGUUCUAGAGGCGUUUCGACCACUAAUAUUGAAUCACUAAUAUGAAGAAUUGAAUAGAAGCAUAAUCAUAGUCGUGGUGUUAAACUCCUGUAGGAUCGCCUAACAAAUGCGAGGUGGCCAUUUUUAACGACAAAAAUACUGCAUUUUGUUGCCACAUUACAUACAUUUACAUUACAUUACAAAUACAUUCUGUAUGAACCUUCAAAAUACCGUUUUCUCCGAAAUUAUUUCGUAAGAUUUGUCAAACCGAACACCUGAACAAGAUAUUUGAAUAAAAAUAAAUGUAGAUGUAUGUGCAAUUAUUGUAAUGAAUGUGUUAGAGUGCAGCAAAAUGAGUCCGUGUACGCAGGUGUGUGUUGUGAUGGCCGCCUCGCCGCCCGGCACCGAGUGCCCGGGGCUGACGUACGAUGCCUUUACAAAUGGAAAUAAUAUAUAUGCGAGUCUUUAUUUUAGUGAGAACCAAAUAUAUUAUAAUGUAAGAUUAUAUUUUCGUUAGUUUAAGUCGGGGACGUAGUCGUAAGCGUACGCUUCGCUAGGAAGUUUUCUAGUUUAUUAUAUUUUAGUGUAGGCGUAGGGUGUCGGCUUGUGCGCUUGUGUGUGUGACGAGGUGCUAUCUUAAGGGCGGCGGGCGGCGAGCGAAGCGAGGGGCUCUAAGGCUGUUUAUACACUGUCCGAGUCCGAUCCGAUACUGCAUAAUGUCGGAUGACAAGUCCUAUUAUUCUUUGCGUUAACACUUUCUUUUGAACAUAAACAUUUAUUAAAAUAAUAAAACAAUAUAAAAAGGCACUUUUUUUACAUUUCACUUCUUUGAGGUCGUCUACGACAUUCGAUGUAAGAUCGGACAAAGUGAAAACGCUCUAACAGAUUUCAUUAAUUAUUAAACAUCUGUUAAUCGUGGUGAAAGAAAGCAGUUGAGAAUAUACACUCUCCUAAGCUUAGCGUUUUGACGCUAAAUGCAGAGAUGGGCGUAUAUUCUUAGUUACUUUUUUAUUAGUUAUUGCCGCGAUUGACUCUGGUUAGUCCAUAUUAAAAAAAGAAAAACAAUUGUAUACUGUAAAAACAAACACCCAUUUUAAAGUUAAAAAUGUUGUAUAAAAUCUAUAAAUAGGUAGUAUUUUUACGAAUUUAAAGACCUAAACACAUUGCAGCUUGUUGCAAUGAUAGGCAGCUUCAUUUUUACAACGUUAGCUAGUUACAAUAAUACCAUUAACUCUCCGCAUAGUAUUUAAAUAAAUUCCAAUACAAUAUAAGCCCUCGACAAAUCAUAUCCUAAAAGUCUUAAAACACGAAACUAAACACGGAAUGGAUACUGAAGCACUGAGGCGAUACGUUUUCGAUGUCAGUGUAACAGCGCAACUUAGGUACCUUAGAACUUUAUUAUUCAAUUCAUUUAUAGAUGAAAAGAUAAGCAAUGAAAUAAAAAGUGUAUACAUAUUAAUGAGCUUGACAGUCCACGCUACAGCUCGCCCAGUCGCCGUUACUGCUUUUCGUAUAUUUCCAAAAUAUGUAUUAUGUUCCUAAGAUAGGAUUACUCCCAAUAGUUACCGCCCUAGCCGAAUAUGAACCUCGCGUCAACGAUUCAAAGUUCACAAUCGCACGGCGGCGGUAACUACUGGGAUCAACCCCUAAGGGUUUCCCCACACCUAUCCCCAAGACGCGCAAUCGACAAAACACGAUAGAAAAAAGCUUUACGUCUACGCAAUAACGAUGAAAAAAAAAGAAUGCUCAUCUCGGCUCGGCCGACGCCUUACGACGCGACGACGUCUUUUUCUCGACGUCGACGAAAAUUGAGAUCGAAACGAUUCUGCGUCGAUAGGUGUGGGGAGACCUUAAUACAUCUAAACGAGUGUGUGUGUGAGCCAAAUGUCCUGACGUCAUUGUUGUUAAUUUUAUUAUAGGCAGCUUUCAACGGUUGCGACAUAAUUUAUUUUUAAAAGCGUAGUUUUUUUUAAUUGACAGCUUGGACGGCUAGGUAAGGGAUAAGGUUAGAUAGCUUACAAAUUGAAUCGCCUAAUUUUGUUACCAAUUCUUGCGACCGCUACCGGAUACGAAUACCGGUUUUUAUUCCAAUUUUUAUACAUUGUCUUUCGGCACUCACUAUACCUUAGUUUCAAGAAAUAUUAUAUCUGAUUAAUUA